GUGAAUUUCCACAAGGUUGUCAUGCAUUCAAAGCGAUUUCAUCAAAUAUUUGUUUAGAAGAAAAUGAACUUAAAACUGAUUCGUCUACAUUAUUAGAAAUUUCAUAUACUCAAGAUGAUUUAUUAACCGAUAUGAAUGAAGCUGCUUUAGCGCUAGAAUCAGCUGGUUUAUUCGAAUGUAUACGACCAGUGUAUGAAUUAAUUUUACCAGUGUACGAAUACAAAUGUCAAUAUAAUAAUUUAGCACAAAUUUAUCAUCAUAUUGGUCGAGCUUAUGAAUCAAUAAGUCGUGUGGAAUCACAUGGACAUCGAUUAUUUGCAGCAUAUUAUCGUGUUACAUUUCAUGGUCAAUUAUUCGAAUCAAUGGCUGGUAAAUCAUUUAUUUAUCGAUCGAAUCCCUGUGAAAAAUUAAAUGAAAAAUGUCAUGAAUUAUUACAAUUAUAUCGUCGUAAAUAUGGUGAACAUUCAGUGGAAUUAAUCAUGGAUAAUUAUAUUAAUCGAUCCAUGUUAGAUCCAAUGAAAGCUUAUGUUCAA